AUGAUUCAGUCAGAGCCACUUCUUAGUAAAACUCAACAGCAACUUUUGGCAACUAAUAUUCUUCGUCCGUUUUCGUCAUCUCCUGCAACGAAACUUCUUCAAGCUACCAAACAGACUCAACCAGCCUCACUAUCUCUUGAAAAGGAAAUUACUCUCACUAAAGAGGACAAAAUUGCGCUAGCCAAGGUAAGCAAAAUAGCUAGGAAUGUGCUUGAUCAAUUGGGGUUAUCAUAUGAUUUCAAUAAUAGAAGGUAUAAACCUUCUAUUCCAUCCACUUCAUUCCAAAAUGAUGACAUUAAUUCAAUGAUAUCAGAAGCAAAUCAGAAUCGAAUUGAUUUGCAAGGUAUUGCGAGUGGACAAAUUCCUGGUCUAGCCCCAAUACCAGUACCAGCUUUUCCAGGACCACAAGAUGUACCAGCAAUUCCAGGAGUAAACACUAUUCCUGGUCUUAGCAAUUUCAACUACUUGAUUGGUCAGUUAUUUCCACAAAUGAUUCCGCCAACAAAUACUCUUUUGGGUUCAUCAAUUAGUCGACUUUUGCCAAAAAACUCUGCUAAAAAUUUGGCCAAAGAUGUUUUCCGAGCAGUACAUCCAGCUGCUGAAAAUGUUGAUGUUGCACGUAUGAUGGGUCGAUGGUUCCAGGUAAUCAAUAGUCCACAUGUUAUCCGAGAAGCUUGCACUGUGUCCCAUUUCGGUGCUUUGACAAACAAUACGUACAGUGCAACUUUUACAAUUUUGAAGUUCUAUCGUGAAGGAAAUGCAAAUGGCCCACCACGAUUUUCGCUUGGCUAUGGAUUUAAAUCUGGUGAUACUGGACAGUUUGUUCUGCAUAACAGCAAUUCACCAGACUCUGAACCAUUUUGGGUCAUCAAAAAAGGGCCACUAAAUGAAUACAAUCAAUAUGAUUAUGCAGUUGUAUCGAAUUGGGUACGAUUUCCAGUUUUUGUGAUUGCUCGAGAUCCGGAUCGAUUUCGUAGCGAGCAUAUGCGAAAUGUUUUACAAUUUCUAGAAGAUAACAAUUACAUCAAUGUGAUGACAAAAGCUUUCAAUAUGAUCUCUCCUGUAGAUUACAGUCAGUGCCAGUACACACCAACGUUUUCUGGAGCAGGACGAUAG